GUAGUUUGCCGUCUCUAGAAUGUCGAAUGUCGCUUCGGACGUAUGUUGUUAUUGCUCGUUCGCUUUAAUUUCUUCGUAAGAAAGUAAAAAUCAAGUUUUUUUAAUUUAGAUUUUGUGAAAUUUUGAUUUCAAUAAGUAAAGUUAUACCUUUAGAGAAUACUUUAUAGUUUUUCCGUAAUUAUGAGAACGAGGUAGUGCGAACAUUUAACAACGCAGUCACGAGAUAAAGUGUUCAAGAAAGCCGUAAAGCCGUAAAAGUCUUUAAAUUUUCUCCACCCGGUUACACUGUGUUAAAUUUGACAGCUGAAAUUCGGAAGUCAUUUUGUUUAUAUUACGAGAAGCAUUGUGGUACAAUACUUGAAGAAUUAAAUUUCUUUCAUAAGUUGUGGACAAUGGUUUAACUAAUAAAAAGUAAAACUACUUUUAAGUAACUGUGGUAUCUCCGAAGAAUAUACGUCUCUUGAAUUGUACAAUUUGAAAUUCCGUAAAAUACGCUAAAUCCAGUCACCAUUGGUUAAAUUCAAUUUAUAUAUCAUUAACAAAUUGGGAAUAAAUUAGUGAAUAUCAAAUUUUAAAUAAUAUACAUAUAAAUAUAUACAUUGACUGUGUAUGUGAUUUAAUAUUUUUCAAUUUGGUGCAUAUUUACGUUUGACAAGUGAAAUAAGUGCUCAAUAAACUGAACUCUAAUCUCAUUCUGUAACAGCUGAAAAACUUCGACUAUUGCAUACGUUUUGUUUUCCAUUGAUAAUAAAUUUGGUUUGCAAUGAAUAUCGUCGGGGACUAUGAGUACAGCUCAAAGGACAUGCUAGGCCAUGGUGCUUUUGCCGUGGUCUAUAAAGGGCGUCAUCGUAAAAAACAUUUUCCUGUUGCUAUAAAAUGCAUCACCAAAAAGGGGUUGAUCAAAACCCAAAAUUUGCUUGGAAAAGAAAUAAAAAUUCUGAAAGAAUUGACAGAGUUGCAUCAUGAGAAUGUCGUUGCAUUGUUGGACUGUAAAGAAUCACAAGACUGCGUCAAUUUGGUUAUGGAGUACUGCAAUGGCGGGGACUUGGCAGACUAUCUUACUGUAAAGGGCACUUUGAGUGAGGACACUGUCAGACUCUUUCUCAUACAAUUGGCUGGCGCAAUGAAAGCACUUUAUACUAAAGGAAUUGUGCACCGUGAUCUCAAACCACAGAAUAUUUUGCUAUCGCACAAUUAUGGCAAAUCAUUGCCUGCUCCAUCGAAAAUCACUUUGAAAAUAGCGGAUUUUGGGUUUGCACGUUUCCUAAAUGAUGGCGUUAUGGCGGCCACGCUCUGCGGCUCACCAAUGUACAUGGCACCUGAAGUUAUAAUGUCCUUGCAAUACGAUGCUAAAGCUGAUCUCUGGUCUUUGGGCACUAUUGUUUAUCAGUGCCUCACUGGCAAGGCCCCAUUUUCUGCACAAACUCCGAAUGAGUUGAAGGGUUACUAUGAAAAAAAUGCUAACUUGGCACCAAAAAUAUCCAGUGGGGUCUCGCCCGAUUUACGCGACUUACUGUUGGGCUUGCUACGGCGCAAUGCCAAGGACAGAAUUUCAUUUGAGAACUUUUUCAGUCAUCGUUUCUUACAGGGUAAAAAAAUCAUCACCUCUGUUUCGCCCACUGAUGUUCCUCCGCAGUUGUGUUUGGAUACCACUCCGCAAGCAAAAACGAAAACUACCCAUCAGCAACUUCAACAAUUGCAGCAAGGUAGCGAGGUCGAGGUUGAGGCUACUGCAGCUCAACAAGACGAGAACGCUGUUUCAGUUGUGGAAAAUCCAGCCAUCUGCGCGACUAUUACGAAUGUAGGUGUGCUUUGUGAUAGCGAGAAUAAUAGUGUUUCAUCUGGCUCACCAGAGGACUCAGAUGACUUUGUUCUGGUGCCUAAGAAUCUCCCAGAAGAUAAAAAUGUCAUUGAAUAUGAGAAGAAGCACUCAACCGCAUGUCAAGUAGCUCAAACAACAAAUCAAUCAAGUCCACCACGCCCAAGCAGUCUACCCAUAUCGGAACCUAAGCCAGUUCCUGCACCAGCUCGCCGAUUUUCAUCAAACACAGGCAAUGCUGUAGGUAACAGUGCCGAUAGUGACAGAGCUCAACGCUCGCGUUCUAAUAAUUCGAAUGAUAUUGCACUGGCAUCGUCGCCAAAACAAGCGGCUGUCGGCAUGAUUGGACAACAAUUUCCACGUUCACAGCCGAUUAGUGUCAAGCAACGCGCGGAACAUCGCAAGACUAGCGUUAGCAGCGAUAUUAAUUCCAUUUCACCGCCAGCGGUCCAGUUUGCCAUUGGUACACCGCCUGGACGUCGGCGAUCUGCCUCCGGUAGCUCAUUAUCGGAGACGCCACCACCAAGUGCGCCAUGUACUUGGCAGGUAAGCCCCGGUACACAGACGCAAUCUCCUCUGCGGCGGUCAGGUCAUAGUUCACCGGUUCUUCCGUCUGCAUUAGCUAAAUUACCUACACUGGGUAGUCCUACAUUGAUUGUUGGUCCCGGUUCUGUGGGUUCGCUGGGUUCCGGGUCUGGUGGAUCCGAAAAUAAUAAUCAUCACGUAUUGGGUCCGCGUGCGUUUACGUUACCGGAGUUAGGUGCCACGGGGGGUUUGCAAAGCCUGUUGGAUACAGCUAGCAGUCGCGUCACCGGCGCGGAAGGACAUCAACUUCACACGUUCCAUGCACCUGAAUUGUCGGAAGAGACGCUUAUGGACCGCGAGCAUAAUGAGACACUUUCGAAGUUGAACUUUGUUUUGGCACUUACCGACUGCAUACAAGAGGUUGCAGACUCACGUUGUGCACCACUUUCGGCAUUAAUGGCUGUAGGUGCCACUUUUAAUGACCCCCAGACCAUACCGCCACAUGCACCGGAGCAUUGCAAACGAGCUGAGCGAUUGGUGCUAUUGGUACGUGCUCUGCAGCUUCUCUCGAGUGGCUUGAACUUGGCAUCCCAACAGUUGCGAUGUGGAAAUCUUAAGCCGUCAUCAAAUGUUAAAAACGCUCUGCUGACAAUGAACUCCAAAUAUCGUUCAAUUCUAUCCGAGUCAAAGAAGUUAAAUGGUUCUGGCUUGCUGCAAAAAGCUAAUGCAUUCAACAUUACAGCUGACAAGAUCCUUUACGAUUAUGCUUUAGAUAUGUGUCAAGCGGCCGCUUUGGAUGAGUUGCUAAGUAACACAAAAAAUUGCUUUGAACGCUACAAUACGGCACACAUCCUGCUGCACUCGUUGGUACAGAAAUGCAACCAUCCACAGGACAAGAUGUUACUGAAUAAAUAUCGCGAUGCAGUUGAGAAGCGUUUAAGUAUUUUACAGCAACAAGGCUAUAUAUAUGUGACCGACGAAAACUCUUAAGGUUCCGAACGCAGAGCUUACGGUUAAUUUUUGAGCCCAUAAUUUUUCGAUCAUGAGUCAACAAAUUCCGGACCUUGCGAUACAUUGUCUUGCUGUAAUUGAAAAUUAUUUUAAGUAAAAAAUUAUUUAACCAAUGUUUUCCAUUACCCUUGUUUGCACGUGUGUGCCAUUGGAAAGAUGGACCACGAAAUAUAUUCAUAUAUACAUUUUAAACAGUA